AUGAUGAAGACACAAGGUGGACUUUUGUCAUUUAAUAAUUUUUUAUCGACAAGUCUCGAUCGAGAAGUAUCUCUCACUUUUGCUCGUAAAACUAUGGAAACCUCCGACCUGACUGGUAUUUUAUUCGUCAUGAAAAUUGAUCCUUCUAUUCCGUCAACACCAUUCGCUAAUGUCUGUGAUGUUAGCUAUUUCCAACAAGAAGAAGAAAUUCUCUUCGCCAUGCAUUCUAUUUUUCGUAUAGGAUCAAUGAAACAAAUCGAUGGAAAUAAUCAACUUUGGCAAGUCGAUUUAACAUUGACUAGUGACAACGAUCCAGAUCUCCAUGCACUUACUGAGCAGACGCGCAAAGAUACUUAUCCUCACCUCGAAGGAUGGGAUCGUUUGGGUAUGUUAUUAAUAAAGCUUGGACAGUUCAGCAAAGCUCAAGAAGUAUAUCAUAUCCUGUUGGAUCAGGCAAUGACUGAUCGCGAAAAAGCUCACAUUUAUCAUAUGCUAGGCAUGGUCAAGGAUGGUCAAGGUGAAUAUAAAGAUGCCAUUGCAUAUUAUGCAAAAUCUAUUGCAAUCGCAGAGACGAUCCUCUCGCCAACGGAUACCAAUUUGGCGGCUUCUUAUAGCGCCAUUGGUGUGGCGUAUGAGCACAUGGGUGACUAUUCGAAUACACUAUCAUCUCAUCAAAAGGCACUGGAAAUUCACCAAAAAACUCUUCCUGCAAAUCAUCCUGAUGUGGCUACUUCUUACAACAACAUUGGCUCAGUGUAUGAGCACAUGGGUGAUUAUUCGAAUGCACUUUCGUCUCAUCAAAAAGCACUUGAAAUUCGCCAAAAAACUCUUCCUUUUAAUCAUCCUGAUGUGGCUACUUCUUACAACAACAUUGGUAUUGUGUAUAACAAGAUGGGUGAUUAUUCGAAUGCACUUUCAUCUCAUCGAAAAGCACUGGAAAUUCGUCAAAACACUCUUCCUUCAAAUCAUCCUGAUUUGGCACGAUCUUACAACAACAUUGGUAUUGUGUAUAACAAAAUGGGUGAUUAUUCGAAUGCACUUACAUCUCAUCAAAAGGCACUGGAAAUUCGCCAAAAAACUCUUCCUUCUAAUCAUCCUGAUGUGGCUAAUUCAUACAACAACAUUGGUUCGGUGUAUAACAAGAUGGAUGACUAUUCGAAUGCACUGUCAUCUCAUCAAAACGCACUAGAAAUCUGGCAAAAAACUCUUCCUUCAAACCAUCCUGAUUUGGCUACUUCCUAUGCUCACAUCGGUUUAUUGCACGACAAAAUGGGUGACUACUCUAAAGCACUUUUAUUUUUAGAAAAGACACUUACUAUUCGACAAAAAGCGCUCCCACCAACACAUCCUGCGAUUAAACGAGUGAUAGACAAUAUUGACUGUAUAAAAAAGAAGAUGUGA